CGGCAAGAGAGUACGGCAUCAAGACAAAUGUAUAAUGUGUAAAAAUGUCUGUCGCAACGUAUUCAAAACCUACUGUUACAGAACAGGAAUUUGCUUCCAUUGGAGUGGCUCCUAAUAUGGGUCUAACGAGCGAUGCUGAGGAUGACGUUUUGCAUGAGCGCCUUCAAAAAAAAAAUUACCCCCGGUGGGGAGCCACCCAAGAAGAACUUAAUAAGAUAUCUUUUGCAUCCAGACGAAUGAUGAUUGCCGGUGGAUUUCUUGACAUCGCGCUUUUCACUACCAACUGUGAACAGCUUAAGUUUGCAAUAGAGAGCGAAUAUCUAAUCACCGACACCAGAUUCAAGUUCGUUAUUGUGAUGCUAGCAGUUUCUCUAACAUUACAAGCGGUAAUGGCCCUCCUCUUUUUUAUGAUGGGCUUUUUCGAUAACGGUCGUUAUUCACAAAGGAGACAACGCUUUAUCAAUAACGUGAUAAUGCUACUCGUCGCGCUAGUCACUCUUGUGAACAUUGUUAUUUCGACAUUUUCUAACAAGGGUGAAAUCGCUAAUCUUUUGAUGAAGAUCAAGGAUGAAAUUCGUGUCCACAAUGACGGCAUGGUAGAAAACGUCACCAAAAAGUACCUUGCUUAUAAUCUGUUCCACUCAUAAAUUCGUUUUUUCGUUAUUAAUUAAGAUGUCGCAGUAUCAAGUGUCAAGUUUAUCUAAGAUUAUCCUCAUGAAAAUACAAUGACGGAUGUUGAAAUAAAAGCUACGGUUACACGAAAUAAAAGCUAAAAGUUUGCGGGUUCAAAAAUGCAUAAAGAAAUAUCUAUAUUGUUUUGCAUUCAUGUUGUGAGUAGA